UCAAUGAACAAGACGAAUCACUCUCGAGUAUCUGAAUUCAUUUUGUUGGGACUAUCUGAAUCCCCAGAGCUCCAACCUCUCUUUUUUGUUGUGUUUUCAGUGCUCUAUCUUGCUAUUGUGAUGGGGAACUUCCUUAUCAUCCUCACUGUGACUUCAGAUCCACGUCUUCACUCUCCCAUGUACUUUUUACUUGCAAACCUCUCUUUUAUAGAUGUCUGUGUGGCCUCUUUUGCCACCCCUAAAAUGAUUGCAGACUUCCUUGUGGAGCAGAAGACUAUCUCCUUUGAGGCUUGUCUGGCUCAGAUUUUCUUUGUUCACCUUUUCACCGGGAGUGAAAUGGUACUUCUUGUGUCCAUGGCCUAUGAUCGCUAUGUUGCCAUAUGUAAACCUCUCCACUAUAUGACCAUCAUGAGUCGGCGUGUCUGUAUCAUUCUAGUCAUCAUUUCCUGGUGUGUUGGCUUCAUACACACAACUAGCCAGCUGGCAUUUACAGUCAACUUGCCCUUCUGUGGUCCCAACAAGGUGGACAGCUUUUUCUGUGACCUCCCUCUGGUGACCAAACUUGCUUGUAUAGACACAUAUGUUGUCAGCUUACUUAUUGUUGCAGACAGUGGCUUUCUCUCCAUGAGUUCCUUUCUCCUCCUGGUUAUUUCUUAUACAGUCAUACUUAUCACAGUCCGCAAUCGCUCAUCAGCUAGUAUGGCAAAGGCACGUUCUACACUGACUGCCCAUAUUACGGUGGUCACACUAUUCUUUGGGCCAUGCAUUUUCAUCUAUGUGUGGCCCUUUAGCAGCUACUCAGUGGACAAAGUUCUUGCAGUGUUUUAUACCAUCUUCACUCCCAUAUUAAAUCCAGUUAUUUAUACCUUGAGGAACAAAGAAGUGAAAGCAGCCAUGUCCAAAUUAAAGAGCCGAUACUUAAAGCCCAGUCAAGUAUCUGCUAUAAUAAGAAAUGUCUUAUUCUUAUAA